AUGGGCGAAUAUAUUUUAAAUAUUCAAGAAAAAGUGGAAGCUGCUUUCGAAGAGGUGUUGGCAGCGAGACAGAGAGCAUUACCUAGCUUCACUGGUUUAGGACCACCAGAUCUAGUUGUGCUGAUUAAAGCAUACGAACCACCUAGAUUCGUACCUGGACUUAAACCUCAAAAGUUCUCAUCUUUUCACUGGGUGAGCGGAGUAGAUUCAAGUUCGGCAUCUUCAAUUGCCGUCUAUCUUGGUACACUCGUAGAGAAUCAAGAAAAGUCAGCGUUUGGUAGAGGAAACUAUAGAAUAGAUGGUUGUCAUUUCUGUGCGUACAAUGCAUUCCUAAAGAUGGAUCUACACGUGGAGAUUGGAAUCAAUAACUCUACACCAAGCGUAUAUAGUAUCGGAGCGAACGGCGAGAGAAACACCGUCGAAGAAUCAUUCUGGAAGGAAACCUAUCUAUCGUCGAUGUUGAGAGCGAUUACACCGCCACCAGCAUUCCUCAGACCACUCAAGAUACUUCCCGCCUUUAAGAGUGCCAAUGAUGAAGCAAACUUUUUGAAACUGUGUCAACAACACUUUUGGCAGGGAAGAAAGCUGGGUGGAUUCGAUGGUGAGUUUGUCGAUCGUCAAUUGCAACCGACACUCGAUGGCAAUGAGACAGUCGACAGCGUUGGCUAUGAAGCAUUCGAGACCGAUGACAGCAACAACCUCUUGGUCAUCACACUUUGCAACUACUUUAUUGAGAGAAAUAGAUAUGAGCCAAUGCGUUCAUUCUUUGAUGAGUUCAGAAAGACAGAGCCAUCUGUCGCAUCGGUUGUCGCCCAUGCACAUAGUCUCAUGGGUGAGCAUCAAGAAGCCAUCAACACUCUGAAUGAGGCACUCAAAUCACAGCCAAACUCUACUUCUCUUUUGAUGGCAUUGGCAGACACCUACCUCUCUUUGGCAAAGAAAGAUCCUACAAACAAUCAAAACCAAGAAUCUCUUUUGUUGGCACUCAAGUCUAUUUUGAAAUCGAUUUCGAUCAAACCAAUGUUGGUCAGAGGUUGGAAGAUUGCCUCCAAGGUUCUGGCUCAACUCGGUCUAGUCGAAUGGUCACUCAUUGUCUUGAACAAUGCGCCAUUCCUGAGAAGCGACACAUUGGUCGAUCGAAUUGGAAAGAGUAAAUACCAGCGUGUGACACCACCUCCACUUCACCCCAACAUGGUAACGGUUCUGGAGGAUGAGGAAAUAGAGUUUGAUGAGGAACCGGGUGACGAACAACUCAAGCAUCUCACCUCACUUCAGUUGGCCGGUGAAUCUGCAGAGAUCUUUUCAAUGUUGGUUUCAAUGUACCGAAAGAUUGGAUGGUCUGCGUUGAACGACAAGAAAUCAAAGAUCUUGGAUCAACUUGCACUGGCAGUCCGUUCCAGACAAAGAAAUGAAAGCAAUUCACAACAACCAACAAAGACUACUACCACAACAACAACUCAGCAAAUACCUACCAACACCAAAGAUGGUCACAACACAAGCUCACCAGUCAAUAGAAUUCAAGCUACAGAGAAUACUGAAGCUACCAACACGGAUGGUUCGGAUUCACACGCGCAAAUUGAAGAAUCCAAUGCUCCCAAGGAAGGUCUGUGGCAUGAAGAAGAUGUGACAUCCGAAGGCAGUGACAUUGAAGAUGAUUCACAUCAACAAGAGGAUUCAAAGAAAGAUGACACCGUUCCAGUGGAUUUGGGAUCGGAAACAACAACAGAAUCACCGUCACCAUCCAAUCAAUUGCAAGAGUUGCAACAACCACUCGCUGCUCUGCCAAGACAGAGAAUCGAGAGAGUCAAGUUUGAUGAAAACAAAUUAAAUCUCGAUGACCUGAAAGAUGUUAUGGAGUCUUUUAUUGACAACUUUGGUUUAGAGUCUACAAAGGAAUUGGAGAGAAGAGACUAUCACAAUGUACAACUAGGCAAUUUCUCUGCAAGACUACCGGCAAUCGAAAUUCACAGAAACAUAGAGUUGGCUUUCCACGCAUUGUUCCAAGACGUUAAAGCAUUCCAAACCUGGCGAGAGGAGGAAGAGGUUAGAAAAGCUGCCUUGGAUAUAAAUCACCUCUCAAUGAAACAAAUUAAUGCAACAAGAUCAUUCGCCGAUUGGAUAAGAUUAGGUCAACUUUCCAUUCGCUUGGGUGAUCCAACUGAAGCUGAAAAACUAUUCAAAAUGACAACUCACGACCGAUUCCAUCCAAAACCAACCGCAGGCUUAAUUAGAAUUUUUGAAAGUGUUGGAGAUAUUAGAAGUUGUUUGAUGUCAUCUUCAACUUUAUCAAAGUACUAUAGUGAAAAAAUGAAAGUUAUAGAGAUAAAUCCAACCGUUGAAAAGUCAAUUUUAAAUUUAAUAGCUGUUUUUGGUUUACAAAAAGUUAGAACAAUUCAUGCUAGUAUUCCAGAACUAAAUCCUAUAAUUGGUGGACUCUAUUUGGAUUCUGUGAAGUGGCGUUCAUUCGGAUUUGAUAAAUAA